AAUACUGUACGACUAGAAUUCCCCAUCUAUGCCUCCGUCACUCUCGGAACUAGGGCCCCGCAGGACAUCAGCCUGGAAGAAUUUGACGACGAGGAUCUGUCUGAAAUCACCGACGACUGUGGCAUCGGCCUGAACUACGACUCCGACCACUACGAGAAGGACUGCCUGGUGCUGGAGAGGUGCGAACAGCCCCACCCCACCUGCACCUUCCAGGAUGAUUUCCAGGAGUUUGAGAUGAUUGAUGACAAUGAAGAAGAGGAGGAGGAGGAGGAGGAAGAGGAAGAAGAGGAGGAAGAAGAGGAGGAGGAGGAGGAAGGAAAUGGGUUAGAGGAAACCCCACCUUCCCCUUCAGUAUCACCCAUACCAUCGCCUACUCCUGAGGAGACCCAGAAGCAUCGUCCCACCACUCUCAACCUGACUGUGACGGGCACACAGGACUCCUUGAACAACAACAGCGGCUGCAACCCGGCCCCCCAGCGGGCAACCUGGCAGGAGUCUCUCCUCCACUCCACCGCCUCUUCCGCCCCCCACGCUGAGCGCUCCUCUCCUGCACACCCAUGUCUCCAGGAUGGGCCCUGCGCGGAUGCUCCGGGCAGCCCAGGACGACCCAGCCCAGUCCAGCCCCACUGCAAGCCCACCUCUCUUUACGACGCCGAAGGGAACAGCCGGGAGCCGCUUCCAGGGGUCACCCCUGCCCCGCGCGCCGGGGAGGAUUACAACAUGAACAUCGUCUCCUCGUCGCCCUGCUCAUGCCCUCUGGCAGCUGCUGUGCCCGCGGAGCUCACCAGUGUUGCCAAAGGUCCGGCAGGGGAACCUCCAUCUGGCCGGCCCCACGACGCCGACACGCACAGGUCCCCCGCCUCGGAGAGCCGCCAUGCCUGCUUCCCAAGGGAUGCCGUGGCCAGACAGGAGGAAAAGAAGGCGAAAGCGGAGAGGGAGAAGGCGGCUAGCAGCCCCACUGAGGGUGCCGGGGUGAAAGCAGGGCACAGCCCCCCAACCUCUGGGGCCAGCCGGAGCAAGAGUCUGGGCGCUGAGGAGCCUCCGGCCAAGGGCUACGGAGAGGCGAGCCCGGCCGGGGCGUCGGGAGAGCUGCUCGGCUCCGGGGGAGAGGGCCCUCGCGGGAGCUUGCGAGGGUUGCCCUCCGCCUCCUCGGACAGCACGUCGCCCUCCUCCGACCCCGGCAUAGAGGCCGACCUCACCAGCCGCAACGCCAAGGCCUUCCCUGGCGGGGUCUGCCACUGCGAGGAGUUGAGCUCCCCGGGCUCCGACUCGGACGUGGAGGGCGAGGGCGAGGCGACCUACGGCCGUGGCGGGCACCGCCUGGCCAGCAACAUGAUUUCCAGCAUCUCGGAGACGGAGCUGGACCUGAGCAGCGACAGCAGCAGUGGGCGGUCCUCGCACCUCACCAACUCCAUCGAGGAGGCCAGCUCCCCGGGCUCGGAGGGGGAGCUGGAGGCUGACCUGGAGCCCCCGGGCGGGAUGAUGGGCCUCAAGGACGCCCUCCUGCUGGACGCCGACAAGGGGGAGCCGGGCCCCGAGCGGCCGCCGGUGCGGCGGGAGAGCCUGGCGGCGCUCAUCACCACAGACGAGCUCGCCGAGGACCCGUCGGCCCCGGUCGACGACCAGAUGGGUGGGCCCCUCGCCGGGGCCGUGGAGCUGGAGAUCGCUCCCGACCACAGCCUGGAGAGCCUACGCCGCUCCUUCUAUUUGCCGGUGGGGCCAAAGCGCCGCCCGGCGGCUGAGGACGAGGACGAGGACGAGGACGAAGACGGGCAGAGCGACUACGACGAGUCCGAGUCGGGCUCCGAGUCGGAGCCUGACCUGAGUGAAGACUCCGACUCCCCCUGGCUGCUCAGCAACCUGGUCAACAAGAUGAUCUCGGAGGGCUCCUACCCCAUCAAGUGCGCUGACGAGUGCUUCCCGGCUGCCCCCUCCCUCUCCGACACCAUCUCGCCUGCUUCGGACCUGGAGGGCGAUCUGCCCGGUGAGGUGCCGGGCGCCCCCCAGCCCCACCGCCAGCAAAGCAUCGAGCUGGUGGAUAUGGAGACGCUCCGCAGCUCGCUGCAGGGGGCCGAGGCGGAGAAGCCCCCCGAGAAGGGCCCGCCAGCCACAGAGCUGCAAGGCCCCCCGUUCCUGUUCCUGAGCAACGCCACCCAUGACACCAUCACCCCAGUCUUCCCCGGGCGGCCCCUCUCCAGCUGCUGCGCCGGGGGGCUGCCUGCCAGGCAUGGGUCCCCCCGGGAGCCCUCCGCCGGGCCGGAGGAGAGCGCGCUGGAUGGGGAGCCUGGCUCGGGUGUUUUGGGGGACAGUGACAUGAUCGAUGACAUCCGGUUAGAGCCCGGCCAGGGGCUGGACAUCUCCACUGCGCGGACCAACCGCUGCUUCCGCCUGGCCUACUCCCCGGAGGAAGAGGAGGAGGAGGAGGAAGGCGAGCACCCCUGCCCGAAGGGCAGCCUGAAGGGGUCCCCCUUUUCGGAGGGGGAGGAGGAGCUGCCGCCACCGCCGCCGGCCGCGCCGCUGGACCACUCGUUGGCCUACGACGCGCUCAAGUACACGCUGGUGGUGGACGAGCACACCCAGCUGGAGCUGGUGAGCCUCCGGCGCUGCACCUCGGUGCUGAGCGACGACAGUGAGCUUCUGCGGGCCUGCGAGGCCGCCGACCUGGAGGAGAGCGGCAGUGACUUUGGGGAGGGCUUGGGGGCCCCCGACGGGCGCAGCUCCUCCUCGGAGCAGGAGGACUCCUCUCCCGAGGCCGACCUCCAUUUCUCCAAGAAGUUCCUCAAUGUCUUCGUCAACAGCACCUCUCGCUCCUCCAGUACAGAAUCCUUUGGUCUCUUUUCCUGCACGGUGAACGGGGAGGAGCGGGAACAGACCCACCGCGCUGUCUUCAGGUUCAUCCCUCGGCAUGAAGAUGAGCUGGAGCUGGACGUGGAUGACCCAAUUCUGGUGGAGCUGGAAGAGGAUGACUACUGGUACCGGGGCUACAACAUGCGCACGGGAGAGCGUGGCAUCUUCCCAGCUUUCUAUGCCCACGAGGUGGUGAGCCCGGCAAAGGAAGGAACAGGCCUGAAGCGGAAUCCUUGCUGGGUGGAGGGCUUCAACGUCCAGUUCCUGGGGUCGGUGGAGGUCCCCUACCAUCAGGGCAACGGCAUCUUGUGCGCGGCCAUGCAGAAGAUUGCCACCACCCGAAAGCUGACGGUGCACCUGAGGCCCCCGGCCACCUGUGACCUGGAAAUCAGCCUGCAGGGGAUCAAGCUGAUCCUGACCGUGAACGAGUACAGUCGGGAUGAGGAGUUUGAGCGCUGCAGCCAUUUCUUCCAGAUGAAGAACAUCUCCUUCUGUGGCUGCCAUCCUCGCAACAGCUGCUACUUUGGCUUCAUCACCAAGCACCCGGUCCUGAGCCGCUUCGCCUGCCACGUCUUUGUCUCCCAGGAAUCCAUGCGGCCGGUCGCCGAGUGUGUUGGCCGCGCCUUUCAGGAAUAUUAUCAAGAGCACCUGGAGUUUGCUUGCCCGACAGAAGACAUUUACCUGGAGUAGGCAGGGAGCCGGCGUGCCUCCUGCUCCUGCACCCCCAUCCAGAGACUCUGCCCGCCCUGCCCCGAGGACCCUGUGCUCCGCCAGGCUCACCACCACCCACGCCACCAACUUUCGGCCCCGUACCUUUCCCGCAGAGGCUCCGUGGCCCCAGAGAAGUGGCACAGGAGUUGGACAUGUGGUUGCUCUUUCCCCCUCUUCUCUCCCCCCCCCAAGCCUCCCCUUGUUUCCCACCCACAACAUCCAGGUUGGCCAGGAGGAGGAGGAGGAAGAGGAGGAAGAGGAAGAAGCUGCCAAGCUCCUUGCUGGGGGUGGGGGUGGGUGGGAAAGAAGGUCCUUUGUCCUCACCGAAGCCCACGAGCAGGAGGAGACCAGCGGGUGCAUGCGGGAGGGGAGCGUGCGAGGGCUGCAGCCGCUGCAGGAGGAAGGAGCCGCCUGGCCAGGGGUCACGGCGCCAGCGCAUUCCCGGGAAGUGACGGCCUUUGCAUGGCACCCGUCUUGGGUUGGGAGGAAGGCUCGGAGCGCAACCGGGAAUGUCUGUCUGGGCCUCUCCCGCCCUCC